CGCCAUGUGCGUGUCGGCCUCUGUUCUGGAAGAAAUUUUCUUAGUCACUGAUCUUUCACUCCAUUAGGUGUCCUCGCCCCAUUUUGGUAUUGUACAGUAGCGCCGGAGUUCAAAGAUGGGUGACGAGGGCGAGGAGCCCGUCGACACGGGGCCUAAAUGCCCGUUCUCCUACUACGUGGUGCAGCUCAGCGGAAUGACGAUACAGAUCGAGAACACCGAGGUACGGUGUGCAGAAAUGGUUGGCAUGCAGAUUUUCAGAUGGGAUAGGGAUUCUCAUGUGCUUUGGUUUUCGUUUUGUUUGGUUCUUGUCGUGAUCAGGCGACACAGGAACAAGCACCAUUCCGCAUUUCUUAAGUAUACUGUAACUCAGAUUCUACUUUUUCUUACCAUGAAUAUUAAAACCAGGAGCCGAACACGACAAAAGACGUGGAUCUCCGCGCCCUGAUUCUGGAGCAGCUCGAGCUCGACACCUUUGCCCAAAAGUCAAAGUUUUGCGUGGUCGACGCGGCCGGACUGGCGGACAAGGUCGCGGCUGAGGUGGCCACAAGGCACGCCGCGAAGCAGGAGGGCAUAGACGCUGCGGAGACGGUAUCUAUUGUUGCAGAUUGAAAUCGGAUAGUUUUAUUUCACCAUGUGCAGCUGCUGUAUUUUGCAUCAAACAGAUCCCCGUGCUUUUGUUCAACGAAUCCAUUAUGCAUGACAAAAUUUCCCAUCAAUGGCCACCACAGCCGCCAGAGGAGGAAAAAGUCGACGUAAUUUUCGUGGUCACCAACUGUCCGGAGGAUGUGCUCGCGGCCGAGUCCGACCCCGGCAUUCACAGCUUCCUCUACCUGCAUGGGAAGUCCGUUUAUCAAAUGCAAAAAUGUCUGGGUCUGGAAGAAUGCAAGUUUGUCAUGCUUGUUUGGCAUGCCUCGAGAAUCUGUGUUGCAUAGGCACGAAAGAGCCCUCUUAACUGUCAUGCGAAAAGGCAGUUUGCCAUGCGGAAUACAUAAGACAUGGCAGCCACAAAAUUUGUCGUGCAUAGCUGCGUAUUGCGGCGCGUCUAUCAUUCACUUUUAGCAUUACAAGUUUCCAGACCCAGACAUUUUUGCAUUUCAUACCGUUCUUUUCGAAAAGCUCGAGCCGGAGGAGGAUGCAGCGGAGGACGCGGAGCCGGUGUUUGAGAAGAAAAUCGUCUCCGCCGAGGUGCCGGCGGAAGUCUUGUUGGUCAGCGAAAAGCUUCAGGAAGCGGAGUUCGGGAACUGGAAAAGGGACGUGAAGCUGCAGACCCUCGGUGGGUGCGAGAAUUUGUACCUCGACGGGGGCGUGAAGCCAGCAAGUAUACUCUAGAUAAAAAAUGGUUUUUUUUUUACUUAUUUUCUCGUGCUGUGACGUGGUGGUGCUUUUGAUUGAAUGUGGUUUCUUGUCGUUGAAAAAACUCUUCAGAUGAUCUUGCAUGUGCUAAUAAAGGACCAGCACUAGCCGUAUUUCUGAUCUUUAUCAAAAACAGAAGUUGACGACGAAGAGCCACCUCCGCCCUCCUAUCCUGAGUAAAAACGUCCCCACCCGAUAGUUGUCAUGCAAAUUUGCGAUUACAGGAAGAUUUGUAAUGCGCAUCUCCAUGAGAGGCAUUUCCAAUCGCGUUUUGGAAUUUGUAAUGCUGUAAACAGGAUAAGCAGAUGGAUUUGUGAUGCGGUUGUCCUUGCUAACAUGCACUACACUACGGACUGCAACUUCUCAUGCGUGGCGCCCAAAACUUGUGGAUUUGUCUUGCUAGGUUCCCAACUUGACUAUGGGGUGGGGACGUUUUUACACAGGAUACCUCCCCCUCCGCCUUCGCCGAGUGCCUCUACGAGAAGCUCGUCGCGGACCAUUUGAGAAAGGAGACCGAAUUCGCUAAGCGGGAAGCCUUCGUCAACUCCAUCGAAAUUCCGCACAUCGACGAACUUCCGCCUGCCUUCCACAGCACCGCGGUGUACGAGCGGGACAUGGGGUUGGUGGACGCGUGCAAGCACGACAUCGCGUUGUUCCUCCACUGUUUAACGGAUCAGGCGGAGAAGAACGUGUAUCGCAAGAAGUAGAGAGGGGAGUUACAGUUGCGCAUAAUUUGUUGAUGUUGGAUAAUAUUCAGCAACACGAAGAAACUUUCUCGCCCUGCAUGACGGAGAAAACUCGCAGUUGUGCAGAGAUCAUAAGGGCAAAGACUUAUGAAGAUGAACCGGGGCCCGCCAUUAUUUCGUGCAUGACAAAGGUUGUCUGUUUUUCCGGUAUUACAACACAAUUAUGUGUACAACCAGCUGUAGCACUUUUUUCGCACCAUAAUGUGGCCGGCUCUUCCAGUUCGAGCUCCUCGACAGCGUCCGGGCUAUCAAAUGCAAAUAUGUCUGGGUCUGGAAACUUGUGAUGCAAGUCAGUGAACGAUAAGUGAACUACCGUAAUGCUCUGCCAAGCAUGACAAGUUUUUUCGUGCUACUUUGCUGCACAUUCCGCAUGAGAAACUGCGUUUUUGCAUGACAGGCGAGAGAGGCUGUUCCGAUGGCCUCACGCAAUACAGAGUGCAGAUUCGUGCCAGACUAGCAUGACAAACCUUGCAAUCUCCCAGACAUCCAGACAUAUUUGCAGUUGAUACGGGCCGGCGAGUAGCAAGGGGUUGGAUAGCGAAGCCGAGGAGAUUGCGCUGGAGAAGUAUUUGGAAAAAGCAUACUGCAACACGGUCACCGAAGACGAUCCGGACGUGGAAAGGAUAAAACAAAGCACCGCGGUGCUGGAGGGUAAGUUUUUUGGUAUUCUUUUUGAGUAGAGGUUUUUCUUUUUGUUUGUCAUGCACGAAUCUUCUUCAAUGGGAAUGGACAACGGGAAGUAGAUGCAAGAAGAAUUCCUGGAUUUUAUAAUUCCCCGUGUUGAUCAUGCAAGUUCUCGAUCUGAAAACAACCGCCCUGCCGCCCACCAGGUGCCGAAAACGCGCUUCUCGAGCCGGAUCUGCGGGUCAAGCUGGUUCCCUCACUAGAUCGCGCAAUGGUGAAGCACUUGGGGCAGAAAAACGCGACAAAUGUGACGAAAGUGUUUGGUUGCCUCAAAUACUUGACGCAGUUUCACAAUCCGCAGAUCGUCAUGAAUGAUGGAAAGCUGGAUUACCUCGGUAUAUUUAUAGGAUUUUAUAUCGCUUCUUACAUUUAUUUUCACAGAAGUGUAAGUUUUCGCCAGAGUGGUCCUCCCACGGAUGAAAUUGAAAAGGCCCUACUUAUUAUUUUGCCGGACAUAUGAUGUUGCAUGAUCAAAUUAUUUGAAACAGGUAUGGCCGAGCGGUCUGCGCAUAGGAAUCGGAUCUAUCCGUUUUUCCCGGAGGAGGACUGGAGCAUCGUGGAGAUAGAAAGACUACUGCUCCUUUACGAGUUUGAGCAGCUCUUGAAAUCCUGCCAGCCGGAACGCAGUCACGAACUGCACAAAACCAGGCUAUACCACGAGAAAAUUCCGAAGACACUUUUUGCGCAGGUAAAUUUUUUAUUGUGAUCAUGAUCGUCGCUAGAUUUGUUUUUAUCCGCAUGCACCUGCUAUGUGAUUGUGAAUGUGUUGAAAUAUUAUACGCAAAUUAUGCUGAUCCUUUCAUCUUUGACUGAUUGUGUACUUGAAAAGAAGAGCCCACGUUUAUUUUAUCAGACCCUCCACAAGUGUCUUUCCGAGGGCAGCUAUGCGCUGGAUUCGAAAUACUACCCGCGCCACGACGCCGUUCUCAUCGCCCUCCACAACCGCGCCGUGCCGGGCCGCAGCACGUGGCACCGGUGGGUGGACGCCAGAAAUCUCACCUCCAAAGCCUCCAGCGCCCAGGCGCUGCGGGAAGCCCAGGAAAGCGCGAAGCAGGCGACCGCGAAGCUGAAUUUGCACCGGAACCCGCCGCCGCCGCCAGACGCGAACCCAUCAAAAAAGAAGAAGGGCCUGGUAGAAGAGCCGGUGGAGAAAAAGCGAACGCCCGAAGAGGAGGCAGUGUUCAGGAAAAUUGAAGCGAGACUACUUGCUGAGAAAGAUUUCUACGACGCGCAGUGCAGGGAACUGGUGAAACUGAUCGAGGUUUUUGGAAACCUCGUAUUGUGAGGAAAAAUCCCCCCUCCCCAUAUCGAAAAGGAUAUUUGUGUUGCUGAUUUGUGACCACAAGUCAGCUCUGUCUUGCAUAUGGGGCAAAUGGGAGCCGUGUGGUGCCUUCCACGGCCAUUCUGUGAUGCGCUUUUGCAUACUGCAAAGCUGUCUGCCAUGCCUAACUGCUAGCCUGUUACGUAAGUACCCAAUCAGGCUUAGGAAGUGCCUCCAAGCGCCUGCUGCAAUACAACGCUGAUUUGUGUACAGAAAUCCAGCAACACAAAUUUCUUUUUUCCAUGGGGUGGGGACCUUUUUCACUUUGAAACCUCGACGAGGACGCGUUCGGGCUAUGACCUUCUCAAACGUUACAAUCUCAAACGUUACAAUAGAAUUUGGAAAUCUGUGAUGCAAGAAGGGCAUGAUCUAGCCAAGUCUCAUAGGACUGCGCAUGACAAGUUCCGGAGUCCCAAACCGCACUACAAUCUGCCGAAAUUUGUGUUGCAGAAAGUGGAAUGGUCUGCGAGUCUGGCAUGCUUAUUAUGCAAGACAAAUCCCAGGCUCUAUUGUAACGUUUGAGAUUGUAACGUUUGAGCAGGUCAUACGGGCAGCUGGAAGAAUCCGAGAAGAUCGUGCUCCCCGCGGACGUAUCAAAUGCAAAAGUGUCUGGGUCUGGAAGAUUCGGACACUUGUCAUGCACGGUUUGCAUUAGCCAUGAUGUCCGUGAUGCAUGCCCUAGCAUCACAGGUUUUUUGAGGGAUUCUUGAUGCCUAUUCCGCAUGACAAAUGCCCUCUCCGCGUAGCAAAGAUUUAGAAUCCUUUUGCUGCUCAUGCAACACAAAUUUUUUAGACAUUGAAAUGCAGCAUCACAAGUUGCAUUCCUCCAGACCCAGACACUUUUGCACUUGAUAGGACGGCUCUCUCAUCAGCUUUUCGGACUGCCGGAGAGGGAAGAGCCAGCGGAACACGCCCCCAGGGGCGGAGAAAGAGAUUUUCUCCGCGGAAAAUUCCGUCUUCCAGUCAAAAACGCACCGGGUCACGAAGGACGGGGUUUUCCUCCAAGUGAAGGGGAACGCCGAAUUUGAAGCGCGAAAACCGAAGCUGCUGGAGAUUUUAAGCGAGGCGGACGCCCAGCAGGACGCAGCCAACCGCGCGGUGGAAACGGAGGAGCCCCCAGAGGAGUACCCGGUCACCGAAUUUGCGGUGAUGAAGGAGAGAACCGAGCAGGUUUGCUACGGCGAGCUCGCGGUCGCGUACUCGGGGUCGCAGACGAGAGUCGCGGUAUCAAUGGAAACGAGCAAGUCCAAUGUUUUAUCACAGCAGAUGGUGGAGGAGUGCCACGCGCUCUGCUUCCCCGGAGGACAGCCCGCAGACGACGGCACGGAGCCUAUCAAAAUGAAAAAUCCCCCUCCCCAUAUCAAAACGGAAAUUUGUGAUGCUGAUUUGUGACCACAAAUCACCUUUGUAUUGCAGAGAGGCACUGCGGCCAGAUCCCCAGGCUAGGUAGGGGCGUAUGGGUCUAGUAGUUCAGCAUGGCAAACGGCCCCCCUUUAGGCCCAACAGCAUGACAAAGCGCAUCCAUAAUGGGGCGGAAGCUUCUGCCCUUGUCUUCUUGCAAGACAGAUGCGAUUCAAAUCCGCAAAACAAAACUUUGGAAACAUACCUCUUCAAUAUCGGAAGGGGGAACUUUUCCUCUCAAUAGAGCCGGCCGAAAAGCCCAAUCUCCUGGAGUUUCCCCCCGUCGCGGACCUGACCGACGAGCAGGUCGGGUUUGAGUUCUCGCACCGCCCCAGCAUGAUGACGUACACGCUGGAGGACAGCCAGAAGGUGGAAAUCAACCCGGACGGGUCCUGCUUCGUCCACUGGCCGUCCUCCAGCCUCACCGGGAACAGCAAGGCCUCGUCCUCCAGUUCUUCCGUCGUCGCCGGCAGCGACGCCAGCUACUACGAGGCCGGGCAAAUGGAAGAUUUGGAGUUAAGUCGCCGCGUGCAGCCAGACGGAACGCUGAUAAGGUUUUUGACGAGCGGUCGAACGGAAUUGUACUACCCCGACGGCACGAUAGCGUUCCGAAAUCCGACGGCGGAAGAACUUUGUAUUGCUGUUUUUUCAAGAACAUCGUUAUUGGAGGGCCGACGUCGUGUUGUACUUGCAUGGUUGUGCAAAUGUUGAUGGGAGGUUGUAGUAUACAUUAGAAGUUGUCGUUCUUGCUUUUCUUACGCUUCAUGAAGAAGGAAAACUACAGCACUACAUUUCUCCUAUCACACCCCCAGCCCGCGUCCCAGUGAACGGCUCGGAGUGGCUCGCACACCUACAGCUCGCGUACGGUAGUCUAGAUCUGACGGACGAGAACAAUCUGCAAGCCGGGCUUCCAGGUCACUGGGUGGUCACGAAGUUGGACGGGACAAGAGUAAUAUCGCUCUUGAUUGUGUUUCUGCAUGACAAAAUCUUCAAGCGCAGUAACGAUUUUGAAUCAUAACAUUUUGAUCAGAGUAUCGCUUGUUAUUUAUUAUUUCGUCAGGUAAAGCAUGACGCUCGGGUAUGCAUGACAAAAAGUACAUUUUUCACGAAGUUGGAAAUUUCAACGACAUACCAGGUGGGCCGCGUGGACGCUUCCCUGCUUCCGCCGCCCGAGCCCAGUCCGGCGGAGAAUGAGGAAGAAGCCCCCCGUAUGCAUUGCAAAUCUGUCUGGCUCUGGGAAGAUUGGAACUUGUGAUGCUGAAUUUGGAUUCUACAAAAAUCUGUAUUGCAUGAACAGCAAAACAAGAGGUCCCGUUUUUGUCACGGCGAGAGGGCAUUUCUCAUGCGGUAUAGGCAUCAGGAAGCCCUCACAAAAUCUGUGAUGCUAAAGCAUGCAUCACAGGCAUCAGGAGUCAUGCAAAAUGUGCAUGACAAACCUUGCAUCCUUCCAGACCCAGACAUUUUUGCAGUUGAUACCCCCGGCGGACGGCGAGGAGAUCGGGACGGUAAUACCGGAGAGAACACUGAGGACCGUUUUGGAAGAACGGGGCUUACUUCUGGUAGACGACGGCGAGAAGGUGGAAUACCCACUGAAACCCGUUUCCACCGUGACCCAGCAAGAUCCCCACACCGGCUACUGGGUCACCACGGCGGCCAACGGCUUGAUGGUGAUAGAGUCCGAGGACCACACGCAGAGACGGAUAAUCACGAAGGACGCGACAGUCAUCACCUGGCAGCACGCAGACGUCGGCGAGGAAGUGAUCGUGGAGAAGCCCGACGUCAUGCCGAAAAUCAUCGCGACCCAGGAUACGAGUUCUUUACAGGCAAACACGACGGUGAAGGUGUUCCUCAGCGACGGGAGCUUAUUUGAGGUGGCGCCGAAGGAACUGCAUCCGGAGGGGCAACUAGUGCCCUGCCCGAUUGACCGGGUGGCGACGCACUCGACCUGCGUGUUUAAACAUGCGGUAUGCAUGUUUUUAGAAUUACGUUGUUAUCAUGUUUUGGGUUGCGAAGAUUACAGUAUAGUACUAGAGCGAAUCUUGACAAUAGCAAUACGGUGACUCCGUCUCCGACUCAUUCUGACUGAAUUAAACACCGACAGCAUUCCGGCUCCAUCCUCCGUUCCAACGGUCUGGGGCAAAUCGACGUCUUCACCGCCAGUGACAUAGCUGAGCAGGGGGAGGAGGCCCUUUUGAAAGCGCAGGCGGAAGAAGCGGAGGGCUACUACACGUGCAAUUUGGUGAACAAGGUCGAAUUGAAAUUGAUGGACAGGGAAAGGAACAAAUUCUACCUGAUAUCAAAAUGAAAAAUGCCCCCACCGCAUAUCAAAACGGAAAUCUGUGAUGCAGAUUUGUGGUCACAAAUCAGCCUUGUCAUGCUAGAAGGGAAAAGAUGCGGACUGUAGUGCUGGGCUGCGUGGGAAAGCCUUGCGUCUUCAGGAUGACAGGAGGCAGCUGGAAGCAAAAAACAGCAUGACAAAUUGCCUGCAAACGAGGCCGCAACUGCGUCUCUUGGCCUUCUAGCAAUACAAGGCGACUUGUGUACUCAAAUACCGCAUCACAAGUUUCAUUUUCGAUAUGGGGAGGGGGGAUUUUUCCUUUUGAUACCUGAAAUCCGACCAGACCGUCGAUUUCCAGCUGGCGGUCAGCAUGAACGAGGAUGGGACUUUUGAACAGCCGAAAUGCGAAGUCGCCAUGAAGCAGUACUGCCACCCAGACGCGGCGUUUUUACCCGUGCCCCCAACUUGCCCCGCCGCCCGAUUGUUCGUGGUCUACAGUGACGGCGAAGCGGAGGAGCUGGUCGAGCGGGCGUCCGUCGACAGCGCGUUCAAUGCGGUGAAGGACGACGAUGCGGCGGUGUGCGUCAGGGAUGAGAAACUCACCUACCCAUUGGACGGGUGCCGGUCCAACACGAUCUACAGGCUGGUCCCGGCGAUGCCAAGGUGUUUACCCUACCACGAAACCAUACAACUCCCCAACUGCGUGCGCGGGAUCUAUUCCCCCAUGGCAAUCCUGGACUUGCCAAUAGAAAAGGCCGCCGCGAUACCCGAGUUCACAACCUUCUCGCAAUUCAUCGAAUAUCCGCAGGUAGAGGAAGAAGGGUUUGCUCUUUCCGUGGUUUUUGUACUGAUUUGCGAAGAUGCGUUCUUGCAUGCUUACACUAGUAACGCUUGAUGUUGGGCAUAAAUAUUUUUGACCUCGUCCAAGACGAAUGAAAAAAACCAGAUAACCGACCAGCGAAAAGCAGACUUUCUGGUGGCGAAGAACAAUUACCACCGCUGGGAAUACGAGCACAGUGCGGUUUGGGCAGAAUUGCAGCGAAAGGAAGCGGAAAGAAAAGCGAAGGAAGCGAAGAAAAAGAAGAAGCCCGACGGUGCGCGAUAAUAUAUGCUGCUUUUCAUAUGUUUGAUUUGUACUUAGUCGUUUUUAGCUGGUGUUGCGUUCAUCGCAUACCGGAAGCAAAAGAAGGAGAGUAGUUCGUGGAAAAAGUUUUGAUGCGUAUCUAGAAGUUUCAACGAUUGAUUCAAUACGAAAGGAAAUAGACACAGUUGCUGCAUGGAAGACAGAAUAGAUACUCAACGUGUUGAUCAUGGAAUUUACUAGUAGUAGUAUCUGCUAGUAGAAGGGCCAGACAGACACAGAGACAAGAAAGACAUCAUCGCACAGAUAGAGAAACCAAUAUCGCUCUGUUGCGCAUUGGACAGAAUUCCAAGCGCACAGAUUUGACGUUUUUUUCAACGGCAAGAAGUUGAUAUGAAAGAAUGCGAAGAGUCGAUGUAGCCAGGGGCCUGAUCACACUUGUGAUAGGCUUUAGAGUUUUUUUUGCACUUUAACGCUCAGCGACGAGCGAGCUUUUUUACGUAGAUUUUCAUAUCCAUCUCCUGUGCACGUAGCUCUCAGCACUGAGAGAAGAAUGAGAACAAUAAGUAGACAAAUACAAGUAUGGUGUCAGUGUUGAUACUGCUGCUGCUGCAGUUUGAAUACAACACCAAGUACAGACAACAAAGUUCUCCUAAUCCUAAACCCUUACUUGGUACUAGUAGAGUAGAAAAUACUGUAAACAGUUUUAAGUUUCUACGCCGUAUUCUUUUGUUUAAUGCACACUUAUUUCAUACGCAGGCAAGAAGGGCAAGAAGGCGGAGGAGCCGGAGGAGCCACCAGAAGAGCCCUACGCCGGUACUUUGCCUGUUCAGGGACGAGCAUGACACAUUUUAGCGAAUGAGUGACGGUGCUGGGCUUGUAUUACGAGCUAGUUUUAGAAGUGCAACGGCGAAAAUAAACGCAGCUUCACGACCUUGAGUUGUAUGUAGUGAGGUCAUAAACGUGGUUUUUCGUUCACGUUCUUUCCGAGCCGCGCCUAGAAUUAGAGGUGUGCGACCCGUGCUGUCUUGAGCGCGCUGGUGUGGCGUGAGACCGACGAGGAGACCAAUGAAUUGCGCGCUUUAUUCGUGCUGCUGCAGUAGAACACUGAUUCAUGCGCUUGCUUCUGGGUUGGCUGAGUCACAUAAUUACUGCUUAGGGUCGUGGCUGCGAACUUCCAGGGAUAGCAAUACUUAGUUCAUCCAUCUGUUGCUAAAAGCUAAAUCGGAGUUAAAAAAAAAUGUCCUCCUCCUCGACAGGUCCGCCCUACAGCGUCGACGAGCUCGUCGAGAAAGUCAUCACCUGCCGCGCAAAAGAAGCGAAACGCAUCACACCAGAGGAGCUCUACCGGGACGUCAUUGACAAAAGACCCGAUGUCAUGGCCACGAGAAUACAGGUAUUUGAGGAUUAAAGGGAGUGAUAGUUGUAUUGAUUUGUUUGUAUUGCAAGAGCGACGUUCUGUGUGUGGUAAAAACUAAAUGCGUAUUAAUUGAAACAAAAACACAGAGCUCGAUGCGCGCCAAGAAGGCGAAGAAGGAGGUCGCCGCAUUGCGCGCCGAGGAGGAAAGAAAACGCAAUCGGCCGGUUACCCCGCCAGUCGAUCCUAGCUUGAAGAAAGUGGAGCUCUCGGAGGAGGAAAAAGCGCUGAACCGCAAACCGCCGACGCACGUCGACUUGGGCUUGAACUUCAAGUACUUCGAGAGCCAACAGGGUCUGAAAUUCUUGCUGGACACCGGGAAACUGGAUCCAGACGCACGAACGCUCAUAAAUCACAAACCCAAAAUGCCGGAUCUGGAUCUGGACCAAAAAAUCAAGUACUAUUUUUUGGUGUUUAGUGUCAGUUGCAGCUCGUCGUACAUCAUGUUCAUAUAAGCGGCCCCCUUGCACAUGCACCUGUUUGUGCACGAUGGAAAGUAGAGUAAGUAAAAAUCGCUGCUAACCUACACGACCCAUGCCAGGUCAAUAUGGCAGCCUCCAUUAGUGUACGAGGAGCCAGACGCGUAUCUCGACACCGCGGAACUGUUCGAGAAUUCUCAUGCGGAAUUCGACUACGGCUAUGAACGCGGACUGGAAACGCAAGCGGCAGAAGAGUAUAAACUAUGAUAACUUCUUUUCAAGAACAUGUGGUUGUGAUGUGCAUGAGAUGAUACAUAUACAGCAGUUUUCUAGUUGUAUCAAUGCGGUCAAGUUGAAGUUCCAGUUCGAGUUCCUCGCCCCCCAUGCAGUUGUUGAAAACCAUCAGCAAAAGAUCAACGAUCCUUAUACCAUGAAAAUCAGGCAACAGCGCGCCGAGCAAGAGGCGACGCAGAAGGAACAGCAGAUGACUGGCGGGUCGCCGAAUGCAGCCGGUGGAGGAAACGGGCAGAUGGUAAAGUCCGAGCUGGGCGACGACACCUUUUAUCCCAACCCCCCAGAAGACCGGCGACCAUCGCGACCGUCCUCCCCCGUCGGGCCGCAUCCGGACAAGAAGGGCCCCCACUGGGACAUCUACGGGAACAAACGAAUGGCGGGGAAGGCGAUCUCGCAGGCGUUCGUGUCUGUCAACGAUCGGUAUCUGCAGGUGGAGGGGCCGACGGAUCGACGGACGAGAACCUCCUCCGUCGUGAACAAGAAAAACGCGCUCGAAGCCCCGUCGGUGCAGCAGGUUCUGAAAUCCGGCAACCACUUGCUGACCGGCGACCCGAAGCAGACCCUGCCACGGGCGAAGGGCGCCAUCACGGAGCUGAAGACGGAGGACAGAAGUACGGACAUCAAGUGGGAGCUGUCCGCCACGCUGCAGGGCCUGGGCGACCAGAACAAACUGGUCGACGCGGUUCCCGGGCACGUCCGGUUUGGGUUGCUGCGGAGGGGCGGCGUGUACCAGAUAACGUUGCAGUUGAAGAACCUCGAUUGCGAACAAACACGGUUCAACGUGAAACUAGUCCAGGGAACGAGUGAGUAUGUGAAGGUCAACUACGUUCCGAAGAGCGUCGCGCCGGGUUUGGCCAUGAACGUGACAAUCGAGCUGUGGGCGCACCAUUCCGCGAAAAUUCUGCAAGUCAUCGAGGCGAGGUGUAAGGCGCACGUGGUGAAGAUCCCGGUGUCCGCGAGGAUUUUGGAGCCGGAUGAGUACGAUAGGCUGGACGCGGAGUCGGUCUUGUUGAACGGAAAGCGGAUUCUCGGCAAUCACGUCAGACUGCAGGAGUGGAGCGAGGACAAACUGGGCGCCAACUACAUCCCCCCGAACGACUUCCAGUCCAUGGCGGAGUCGCACGGGAACGACUCGCCGGCACUACUCCGGAAGCAGCAGCAAAUGCGGAUCUAUGGGAAGGUGGUGUCUGAUCAGGCACGGGAUCCCGACGGAGGCGACGAUCCACCGGCGCAGGUCAGCUACAGUGAUCCGGAGCAGAUGUGAGGUGUGGUAGACCACGGGUUUAUUUGAGUGAUGUUGAUGGCUCUACAACCUUGCUGUCAAGAACACAGCGCUCCUCUUCGCUUCCGUAGAAGCACAUCAACGAACUUCUAGAAGUUGCAAUGAACAAACGAAAAUGCAACUGUAAAAUGAUUUUUAUUCCUCAACACCUCCGACUGGGGCCGUUUCGGGGCAGACACCUAACGAACAUACACCAGGUGUAAUAUUCCUUGACGAGAAAGGACCUGUGAAUGAAAUCUAAUCUUCUAUCAAGCAGUAGACAAGCAGACAAAUUUAAUUCCAAUAAUUCGCAUGCGGAAUUCUCCUGUGCAUAGCGAAUACUUCAUUGCAGUUGCACCAGCAGACGCGACUACUUGUCGUCUACAGGAGCAAAAAAUAACACUCGGAAGAAAUUAAUCUAGUCACGAUGUACCAGUACCAAACUUAGCGAUUUGAGAAAUUUUCAGACAGAAUAGAACUCUCAUUUUGAGACAGAAUCAGAGUGGGAGUGCGGGAGUUGCUCACGCUCCUCCUGCAGACAGACAGAAUUUUAUGUGUAAUUCAGACAAAGGGUGUACAUCAUGCGUCGGAAGUGGACCUAUGUAUGCGCUUGCGCUUCGGCCUGUGCCAGGUUCAGAACAAAACUGGGGCAUGAAAGAAGGUAGCUACCCUACGGCAAAUUUGUUGGCAUGAGAAUCAGACAGAAAAAUCUCUAUCUCAGUAAACUAAAAAGACAAUAAAGAUAGCAAAGAAUUUUACUCAGAUGUUUGUUUUACGGAGUCAUGGUUGAAGUUUCUAGUCGAACAUUAGUACAAUCAGGCGUCCUGAUCAGCAGACGCAGGUCGUAUGGUUUCAAGUUUCUCACAAUUGUGGCAGUUUCGGACCACAGCUGCCACUGUUUGCACUGCAGAACUGACGACUCUGAAAAAUGUAUUGUACACAACCUGUGAAUAACAAUAAACUUUCUUGAAGAGACGAAAGGCGCGACUGAAGAACGACGCUUGAUGGUAG